CCGUCGUAUUAGAAAUUAGAUAGAGCCGAGGGAGCUGCAUUAGACAUUCGAUCCAACUUUUUUGCUUUUUGUUUCGUCGAGUUUCAUGCAGUUUCGUUUCAUGUGGUUUCGUUCCGAUCGAUCCGGUUCCUAGUUAUAUCGGCAUCGGUAGCAAAGUUACGAAGGUUAUGAACAUCGAUGUUCAUCGAGGAACGUUACUUUUUGUCCUCUUGUGAUCCUCAACUAAUCAAUCCUCAAGUGAUCACCAACAACUGGCCAGGACUGUAGCUGACGUUGACACUAGCACCAACUAACACGAAAGGUUUAUCGGCGAGUUAAAGGGUACCUGGAACCGUUUCGCUGGAAAACAAUUGAACGUUACGUGUUCUCUGUGAAUGGAGGAUUAAAGAAUGGAAGAAGUAACCAAAUGUAAAUACAUCGAUUGCCUUGAUGCCCGAGAAAAAGAGCAUAUACUUCACGAACUUCCCGUUUGCGAUACCAGUCUCUGUGUCAGAUGGUUGAUCAACAGUGGUCACGUAGAUCUAAUUGGAAAAGACUUGAACGCGUUGCGGUCUAUGAAAUUUUUUGUUUGUAACAAUCACUUCACAGACGACUGUUACCUUAGCAAAGGUACUUUGAAGGAAAAUGCAGUCCCUUCUCCGCACUGGAGCAACGUUUCGAGGACGUUAAAGAACGCAAGAGCACCAAGGAAAAUUCAAGUAAACGGCGGUGAAAGUUGUAUGCCAGAUGUACGAAUCGAUCAACCGUCGGAGGAAACGUGUCUCUUUGACUUCAAAGCGGAUCAAUGGUGUAGAACGUGUGCUACCAAAAAGCGAAACCUUGUAAGUAUGACCACCAAGGGAAAGGGCACAGAGAUGAGCCUUCUGUCAAAAUUGAAACUUUUGAUAGAAAUUGACGACGAGGAUGCUUUACCGACAAAGAUGUGCGACGACUGCGUCGACAAGUUGGAGCAGUCUUUCAAAUUUUUUCAACAGAUUUACGUAGCAGACAAUACGUUGCGUCAUGUAUUCCCAAAUACACGAUCGAACAACACGCCCAGGAAACCUCUGCAUACGCUCGGUGAGCAUAUGCGAAAGGAGCAAACGGAACAAAGAAACGAGGAGAUCGAAGAGCAAGAUCGCGGCCCAAGAAUUGCACGCGGUGGUAUUUUCCGACGUGGUCGAGGUAGACCUCGUACUCGAGGAUACGCUGGGAGAGCACGAUCGAGGCUCAGAUCGAAUCAAAUUUCAAUGUCGAUUACGAGCCAUAGACGAGAUGACAACGAUGCGAUCGCAAGUUCGAUUUACGAUUCCAGCGUUAAAGAACCGAUAAUACGAAAGAACAAAGUUUCUUCUCGAAACGAAAAGGCAGUAUCGUUCGACAAAGAAAGCCAAGCUGGUACGGUGUUUUCGUUGCUGAUGGAUACGUGUCGUAGCGACGAAGAACUCGAUUGGUCGGAUGUCUUAAAAUUAAUGAACCGUGAAAAAUAUCAAGACUCGAAAGAUGAUGGGAAAUUGACCGAAUCAGAGGAAAAAUUGGAAAGAAAGAUGCCGGAAACGGCAGAGAUAACGAUCAAGACGGAUACGGAUACGGAUACGGAUACGGAUACGGUAAGGACAGAGGCGGUAGAGGCGGUAGAGGCGGUAGUGGCAGCGACGGCAGGCUCGGGAUCGGAGACGAAUGCAAAGUCGAAUACCGAAAUGAAAAGUAUAGUUGAGGUAGACGUCGAGAAUCCUCCCGACGGGAACAAGACGAAAAACGAGUACGAAACUCGGUGUAUACGUUGUCAAUUUUGUAACGAGACAUUCAAAUCGAAACGACAGUUGGAAAUACAUUUGGUAAACGAUCACUCUCAAUUACCUCGGUACAUGUGCACCGUUUGUUUGGCUUGUUACGAGAGCGAAUCUCAACUUUCGAAACAUGCCGUUUUGCGUCACGGACAACCAAGAUAUCGCUGCGAACAUUGUCAAGAAGAAUUUCUCGAGAAAAGAGUAUUAAGAGAGCACGUGAACGAGUGUCAGCCGCGCGAUGCUAUACGUUAUUCUUACGAGUCGUGCGGAGUGACGUUUACUUCGAAGCAAAUUCUUGUACAACAUAUGAAAAGUAAUGCCGAAACGAGCGCGGUCGUCGCGUUGCAAUUGGAUGUAGGCGACUCGAAAGGAAUCGAUAGCAAGGUAUCUAGUUUAGCUGGCAAAGUCGCGCUACAACACGAACAAGAAGAAAAAGAAAAAGAAAAAGAAAAACAGGAAGAAAAGUACUGUCUCGGCAGAGUCGCAGCUUCGAACGAUGCGAUAACGUUAGAAUCGAAAUCGAUAGAAGAAUUCGAUACUAGGACAAGUUCGAACCGUACGAUCGAAAUGAAUACUGAACAGAGUGGAUUCGAGGAGAACAAAUUCGACAACUGUCCGGAUUGCAACGAAAAGGUGGACGACACCGUAGACCCGAACGUUCAUCGAAUCCGUUGUCGCGGUGUAAAGAGAAAAGAAACGUCGUGCUUGGACGAUUGCAAACGCGUAAAAGUGUCGCCGUGAUCUGUGUCUAAUCGACGCGUGCCUUUUUUUAUUUAAUACAUUGGUGAUUUAUUUGAAUCGAUUCGCUUCUAGAGCGGUGAAAGAAAAUUUUACAAGGUUGCUCGUCCAAGAGGGGUAUCGUUCGGAGGUCGUAGUAGUAUCGUGAGCAUUCCUGUCACGACGAUUCAUCGAAAUUUCCUAUUAUAUGAAAUAUAAUAAACAACGAAUCGUUUAAACUUGUCUAAUAAAAACAGCCAACACGGAAUAGAAUUUUCUUUAUUUUUUUUCGUUUCGUUUCGUUUCGUUUCGUUUUUUAUCUGUGAAAUUCGAUAAAAGUAGUUUGAUUAAAAAAGGUAUAAAAAUUCGAGGCUACAAAAACACAAUAAUUGGCCCAGUUAAUGCUGUUUGUUUUUACAUUAAAAAGUACACGAGUACGCGAAAUGUAACGACAAAAAUGCAUUUUACACGUAACAAAGAGAAACUCUGCGUGAGUUUGUCAGGAUGUAAUCGGUACAGUGAUGGUGUGUGUUAUUUAUUUCAUAUAGCAGGCAAUUUGAAGAGUGUGGGUCAGCGCGCGCGCGCGCGCGCACACACACACACACACACGGCUCGACAGGGGAAUUGGGAAUACUUGCGCGCGAGCAGCUCUUUGCGGCUGCAGUUUUAUUUACAAUCGGCCGAAAUCGCUGGCCAGAAUCUUAUAAAAUUCACCACGGAUGAAUACGUGUCCUUUGUGAAUGAUGUACAGCUUGUUCACGAAUAAAAACUACUGUUUCGAUCCUGA